UGGUGCUUAGUUCUGGUGGCUCAAACAUGGUUACAAUAUGACCUUUUUUUUUAAUGCUGAUUUCAGAAUCCAAGUCACAUGUGGCUUCUGAGCUUAAGAUGAACGCCUCUUCCCCAUGUACCCUCUGUCUGGAAGGAGGGUACUCAUGACCUCAUUGUGUCCUCUCGGUUCCCUUUCAGGCUUCUCUAAGGAAUCUUUGUGUGGCUGGCUUCUAUGGAUUUCCCUCACCCACUCAUAUCCUCUGGACAGUUGGUGACAGAUGCCUAUUGGUCAAAAAUGAGCGCACCGUCCGAUAAGAACAACCUCACUCGAGAAGGAUCCACAAAUCAAUUGUUUCCAGAGAGAAGUCAGAUUGGACAGAAGCAGCUGCAACAGAUAGAACGGCAGCUAAAAUGCUUGGCAUUUCAAAACCCUGGACCCCAGGUGGCAGAUUUUAACCCCGAGACAAGGCAGCAGAAGAAGAAAGCACGGAUGUCAAAAAUGAAUGAAUAUUUUUCUGGGAAGUACAAAGUGAUGAAGAAGUAUGACAAAAGUGGCAAGCUAAUCUGUAAUGACAUGGACCUGUGUGACUGCCUCGAGAAGAACUGCCUGGGCUGCUUCUACCCUUGUCCCAAGUGCAACUCCAACAAGUGUGGACCCGAGUGCCGAUGCAACCGCCGCUGGGUUUAUGAUGCCAUUGUCACUGAGUCUGGAGAGGUCAUCAGCACCUUGCCAUUUAGUGUUCCCGACUAGGAGAUGCUAUGCAUAGACACUUCUAGUCUCUCUCUCUCUUUCUCUCUCUCUCUCUCUCUCUCUCUCUCUCUCU